AUGCAUCCCCAUUACACCUCUCUUGCUUAUCCACCUCAAGUUAACAAUAAAGCAUUGCAGUUGAGCGAUGCAGAACGUAGAAUUUUGAACUAUGAUCCUAAAUUUGUCCCACAAAAUCCAAAACAAACUUUACAAAGAUUAAAAAAUGAAAUCGACAUAAUGAAAGAAAAAGUAGCAGUCGCAUGGCGACGAGAAACAAAAACAGUAGGUCGUAAUCCAGAAAUAGUAAAUCGCUUUACCGAACGUAUUGAAGAAGAAAUUCGAACAACAGUAUCAAAAGAAAAGAUAGUAGAUCCGAAAAUGCUCAAGAUCUUAGGAAAUUUGAAGAAAGCUNAAUAA